AUCGUAUGCGAUUGACUGUGCAAUGGCUUCUGCUUGCGGGAGGCCCAGCCUCCUCCUCCAUCCUGCCUCCGAUGACGAUGCCUUGAGGGAGCGCGAAACGUACAAGUCUGUCAUUGCCAACCUGUCUCUUCCAUUGCAGGACCUCCAGCAAGCCAGCCAAACGGCGUCAGUCUCCGGACCUGGGUCGCAACCAGAUCGCGCCUUGACAGCCUUCGCACAACUUGCAGCAUUCCGUCUGCGAGCGCGUAGAACAUUCGUUUCCUUGAUCGAUCGCAAAUACCACCCAACAUCGCCCGCGCUGACCUGCACCAAGNNAUAUGUCCUCGCCGAGGCCACUAGAACCCUCAGUCUGGAGAAAAAUACUGUCGAUGAUGACAAGGACAACCUGUGGGUAGGUGCGACUGCCUUUGAGAGGCGAUCCACCCCAUGCGAGUAUGCUGCCGGGCUCCUUGUCGCUCCAGAUCUGCUCACUGCAGAAGACAAGGGAGAUGUCGUAGUCUUCCCAGAUCUAUCCGAGCACGUCCUGUUCAAGGACCACGCUUUGGUCACUGAAGUUCCUCACGGUCGCUUCUACGCUGGAGUCCCCAUCAUUUCACCAAACGGUCACAACAUUGGAGUCUUUUGUGUUCUGGACGACAAGCCUAGAGCUGAAGGCCUUCGCACGACCGAGAUUGAGUUCAUGAAGGACAUGGCCAUGGUCAGAGCGACAGCUGAACUCAAUCGUUCUCAAAAUAUGGUCCAGGGACUAGGGCAAUUCGUAGAUGGAAAAGCCAGCAUAAAGGACUGGUGGAAAGGCCUUCACCAAGACAAGCCCGAUCACCCUCGAUCACGAGCUGGACCAGAGCGCAGCGGUCGUACCGGUAUCAGGUCUUCAAACUCGUCUUCCAGGCAUCUCCGGACAACUCCCACCCCUACCUAUUCACCUGAUGUGAGCCCUGGACCCGUCCUUGCGCUCGGGGCACAGGGAGACACACCUCGCGUUCCAAACUUUCCUCAGUCAACCACGCCAUCGCAAGAACCUCAAAAACCGUCAGAAGAGGCCGUGGUUGCCAACAAGUUACAAGAGGACUCCAUAUCUCCUGAUAUCAAGUCAACUUUCCAACGAGCUGCCGACAUUAUAAGAGAAUCCGUGGAUGUUGACGGAGCUAUUUUCCUUGACGCCUCUAUUGGAUCGUUUGCUGGCCUUGUUGAUGGAUCCCAAACGCAGCAAGGCUCGAUGACUCAGUCUUCUGCUGGUGGCUCUUCCUAUUCGGCCAGGACCAGCGAAACUUCGCAAACGAACGACGAAAAACAUUGUAUUGUUCUAGGCAGCUCGUUGACUUCAUCCGGAGAACGAAGAUCUUCUCACAUGGCACCGAGCUUGCCUCUCUCUGUCAGCGAACGAUUCCUCCAAAGACUACUAGCCAAAUACCCCAGAGGCAAGAUAUGGAGCUACGACGACGAAGAUAUCUACGAGGGCUUGAUUGAUUCUCCUAGGACUGCAGAUUUCGUGAACCGGAGGGGCGAACGCUGGAGAGAAAGAAGAUUAAUUCGCACUCUCUUUCCCGGCGCGCGCAGUCUAGCUCUCGUGGGUAUGUGGGAUCCGCACCGCAGCAGAUGGUUUGCAGGAAGCAUACUUUGGACUUGUAAUCCGACACGUAUUCUCUCGACUGACAGCGAACUCAACUACAUGACCGCAUUUGGUCAAUCAGUGAUGUCGGAGAUUGCCAGGAUUGACGUCAAAAUGGCGGAUAGGGCGAAAGCGACGUUCAUCAGCUCAAUAUCUCAUGAGUUGCGAACUCCUUUACAUGGAAUCAUGGGUAGCUCUGAGUGUCUUCAGGGUACGCCUCUGGACGCUUUCCAGUCCAGCUUAAUCACCACUAUCGAGACUUGUGGAAAAACUUUGCUCGAUACCUUUGAUAACUUGCUAUCCUAUGCGAAGAUCAACAAUCUCAGUAACACAAACCAUCGGAGACCUUCUGUCUCUUCAACACGAAACGAACUACAUCGAAAUGGGGCCGAAACCGCGCAGAGUCCUGUGGACCUAAGCAUACUGGUUGAAGAAGUGGUCGACACGGCCUUUGCAGGGCACGAAUUUGUUCGCGUCACACCUCUAAAGACUGGAAACACUGCUCAAGGAGUUGUAACUUCACACCCCACGAGGGGGCUCGAAGCACUCACUGUUCUCCUCGAAUAUGACACGACUUCGGAUUGGGUGUUUACAACCCAAGCUGGUGGUUGGAUUCGCAUCAUUUUAGAUCUUGUCGGAAACAGCCUCAAGUACACCGACAGAGGCCGCGUUACGGUGCGAUUAGACUCUAAAUCGCUACCAAGUCCGAUAUCCGAAGAAGACGUAGAAGUCAUUCUUACAGUAACAGACACUGGAAAGGGUAUGUCAGAAGACUUCCUAUCACAGAGCGUCUUCUCUCCUUUUGUGCAAGAAGACCCCCUAUCGCCUGGUACUGGAUUGGGUCUCAGUAUUGUCAAGCAAAUCGUCACCAGUAUGGGUGGUAGUGUGACUGUGGAGAGCAAGCAGGGCGAAGGAACUCAAUUCUCUAUUGCAGUGUGCAUGACACGCGCCGACCACUCUUCAGAGCCAGACAAGUCCUCCGCUACAUCCGACAUCGCUGGUAUGCUACGAGGAAAGCGGUUGAACAUGUUCAUACCAGAGGGCGAACAUGACGACACCCAAUUCAUCGAUCUCUGUAGCAAAUGGUAUGGCGUACCUGUUCGAUGCACUCCAGAGCCAGAGGAAGCGGACCUACACAUCGUCCUGAAAAAACACACAAACGCACUGGUCAAGCAACUUGCUUUCAAACCUGCAAGGCACAAUCCUAUUGGUACAAGUCCGGUCGUCGUGUUGUGCAAGGAUAUCGCUUCUGCGAACGCUCUUCAGUCUUACAAGUCUAUGGCCGCCAUCAGCCCUCAUAUGGAGUACAUAGCACAACCUUUGGCUCCAAACAAGGUUGCUAAGACAUUAGCUCAGUGCCUGGAGCGUUCGGGUCGUCCAACAGCGGACGAUGCAGUAACUCCUCCAUUACCGCUCUCCCGAGCCACUAGCAUUUCAUCUCAACGUCCACGAGACCAACGAGCCAGCUCCACCAUCUCACAAAACAGCACAAAUUCCAAUCCCGAGGUAGUACUCUACACACCGAUGGAGGAGAAAACACAGGAAAUGCUCAUGGCCAAGGUACGACAAAGCGUCGAGGUCAAUCGACAAGCUGAUGCACUUGAAGCUCAGAAGCAAGCUCUUAUGCCUAGUGUCACAUCUCCUGUUCCGGGCGUGUCAGUCUUGCUCGUUGAUGAUAACAACAUCAACCUGAACCUGUUGGCUACUUUCAUGAAGAAGCAACGACACGCUUACGACACUGCCACCAAUGGUCUUGAAGCUUUACAAGCGUAUCAAGCUCAUACUGAUCCGACACGUCUUCCAAAAGAUAGCGAGAACUCACUGCUUCUGCAAAAUCAGCCCGAAUUGACGGCGCAGUCAUUCGAUUUCGUCCUCAUGGAUAUCAACAUGCCCCAAAUGGACGUGAGUACCAACACUUGCAUUUAUGUGUCCGCCCUUGAAUCUCAGCUAACCAGUAUCUCCAGNGGUCUCGAAUCGACUCGUCGCAUACGUGCUUUUGAACGCGCAAAGGGCUUGCGACCUGCAGUCAUUGUGGCUCUUACUGGCAUGGCAUCUGCCAGUGUACAGCAAGAAGCAUUCGCAAGUGGCGUCGAUCUCUUCUUGACGAAACCAGUUCGGCUAAAAGAGCUCACGAAGAUUUUUGAAGAACAUCAGAGA